AUGUCUCUCGACGGGGUCAAGAACAUAGUCCUGGUCCUCUCCGGCAAAGGAGGUGUCGGAAAAUCCUCCGUCACCCUCCAACUGGCCCUCGCUCUCUCCCUACAAGGCAAAUCCGUCGGCAUCCUCGACAUCGACCUAACAGGCCCCUCAAUCCCCCGCCUAGUCGGCCUCGAAGAUGCAAAGAUCACCCAAUCCCCCGCAGGCUGGCUCCCAGUCCCAGUCCACAACACAAUCUCCACCCAAGACUCCACCUCUUCUCCAUCCCCUCGCGGCUCCCUCCACUGCAUGUCCCUAGGCUUCCUCCUCCGAGACCGCGGCGACGCUGUAAUCUGGCGCGGUCCUAAGAAAACAGCCAUGAUUCGCCAAUUCCUUUCUGAUGUCUCCUGGGGUACGACGGAUUACUUGCUUAUUGAUACACCGCCCGGCACGAGUGAUGAGCAUAUCGCGCUUGCGGAACAAUUACUUACACUAUCGACGGCGGAUGCGGUACUCGCGGCGCAGAAUCAUUUGCCUAGAUUGGCGGGUGCUGUGCUUGUUACUACGCCGCAGGCUGUUGCGACGUCGGAUGUGCGCAAGGAGGCGAAUUUCUGUGUUAAGACUAAUAUUCCUAUUCUUGGGGUUAUUGAGAAUAUGUCGGGAUACGCUUGUCCGUGUUGUGGGGAGGUGAGUAAUUUGUUCUCGAGUGGAGGUGGAGAGGUCAUGGCGCAGCAGCUUGGGAUUCCGUUUUUGGGAAAAGUGCCGGUUGAUGUUAAGUUUGGGGAGUUGGUUGAAGGGAAGAUGGAGGUUAGUGAUGAUGAGGAUGAUGAGAUGGAGGGUGAGGAUGGGGCGGAGAAGCUACAGGUUGAGACUGCUGAGCAGGAUGAUAGGCCGCUUGUGGAGAGGUAUCAGGAUGGAUGGUCGUAUCCCCGCUUUAAGGAGUUUGCGAAGACCAUCGUUGGAGGUUUGGAGCAGGCCGCGACUUGA